CUAAAAGAUUUUUUUGGGACAACGAGUUCGCUGUUAUUAUUAGGAAGUGUGAUCCGUUUGACCUGUCUCCUUCCCAUUUCUAAGUGUCCUCCAAAAAUUCUUUCUAUUUACACACGCAGCGUCUAUCCAAUUAUUUGCAAUGCUCUUCUUCCUCAUCCACAUAUAUCCAACUCACUGUAUCUUCUGCAUAUACACCUUCUAGCUCUUACCGCCAAACUCCACUCUCUCCACACUCGUCAAAGCUUUAUCAUUUUCCAGGUUAUAUAGCACCUGAACAUGUAAUUGUAGUUGUUUUUGUUUUUGCUUAGUGCUCCGCCUGCAUUUUCGAUCCCUUGUCGCUUCUCUAAUCAGUGAAAUGGGUUCAUUUUAUGUAUUACUGUUGAAUUUAAUUUUCCGUUCAGCUAUCUUCUUGUUGAAAUAUUCGACUUGGAAAAAACCUUUCAUGUCGUUUUCUGAACUAGCAGAUCUCUAAUUCGGGUUUGAUACCGACGUUUCUACUACUUUCUAGUAUCUUGGUGCUUGAUUUGUGCUAUUUACUUUUAGUCAAUCAUAGUAUUUCACUGUUCUUGACUUCUUGGGAUAUAAAAUUAUAAUCUGAAAUUUGUUUAUACUUGCUGGAGGUGAUAUUCAUAUGUCUGAUACUCUGAUCUCAUAUUUGGGGGAUCUUUUUAUUAGGUUUACAUCUUGUUUUGGGGGACUUAUAUAACUAGCCUACUCAAGCGAGAAGCAUACUGAAAAGCUUCUGCUGUUAAGUGCAAACCUAAAUGUUGAAUGCAAUUUUUUCAGCUGCAUAUUGUAAAUCUUCUCCAUUGUAUCCUUUCUAGGGAUUGGAUUCCAGAUUUUUCUGAGUGGUAGAAUUGUGGGUGAAGGUAAAUAGGUAAUGCUUCAGUCGUUUAGAAUCUGUUGAACCUUCCAAGCUAUCCAGGUAGUUGUAUAAUUUGGAGCUUGUAAUAAAGAAAAUAUAUCUGUUUAAAGUGCGAUUAAGUACUUCAGGUACUUACUUCUUCAGAUAUUACUGCUGCCUUUAGUCCCUACGGAACAGUUUUGCUUCUUCAUCAUAUUAAGCCAUUAUCUUAAUUUAAAGGCAAAAUUCCUGAAAUAGGACUAAAAAUGUUUGAAAUUUCCAAAAUAGGGCUGACAUGUUUUUAUUCUCUAAAUAAAAGUAAUUACGACCAAGUUUGGAAAAUACCGUCAUGUUUAAAGUCUAGUACUGUCUAAACAUGACAAUAAUUAGUCCUAUUUAGGGAAUAAAAACAUGAUAGUCCUAUUUUGGAAUAGACAAACAUAUUUACUCCUACCUAGGGCAAUUUCUCUAAUUUUAAAGCAUGGCAGCAUGAUUUUCAUGUUCUGAAGGUUUAGCAAUGUGAGUUACUGAAUGUUUGCAUCUAUGUUAAAAAGUUUUUGGAACUUCUCUGUGCAACUUCAUGAUUUGGAUUUAGCUUUUUGGAAUCUACUUAAGCGCAACCAUAUAUCAUAUACUACGUAUACCAUAGGUGAUUCUUUUGUUCCGUUAAAGAUGGAAGUAACUGCUGGAUAAAACCUGUGUUCUAUGGCAUUGACUGUUAUUCAAGCAAUUCUCUGGGGUGAAAGAAACACAAGGGACGUAGAGAGUAGUAGCAGUAUAGAUAUCCAUAUCCAGCUGAACAAUAGUAGAACCAGAAGAAGUGGCAUGGAAUUUGAAUCUGUUUGGACAAAGCAUAAAAAGUUGUCAGCCUUCACAGCUCAAUAUAUCCACUUCGCAACAACUUUUAUGCAUUGGUCUUCUAAAAUUUCCUUAAGUGAAGGAUAUCAUGAAUUUCUCUAGUUAAAAGCUUGUUGUUGUUAAGCUACACUGUUGAAUUCAAUUUGUCAGUAUUGUGAUUUUAAACAAAAUGCCCGGUCCUGCCAUUACUUCCCUUGUUGCUAAUGAUUCAUAUUCUCCCAUCUUGCCCGGAUUGCCUGAUGACAUGGCAAAAUGCAUCCUCACACUUGUUCACCGAUCUUCUUUUCCUGCAAUGAGUGGUGUGAACAAGAAAUGGAGAUCAUUUAUGGGAAGCAAAGAGUUCAUAAUGGUACGAAAGCUAGCGGGAUUGCUCCAGGAGUGGCUUUAUGUCUUAACUGCAGAUGCUGAUGGAAAGGAAAGCUACUGGGAGGUAUUGGAUUGUUUGGGGCACAAACACCAUCAGCUCCCGAAGAUGCCUGUACCUAUGAAAGAUGGGUUUGGUGUGGUAGUUCUCGAUGGUAACUUGCUUGUUAUGGGCGGAUAUUCAGUGGUUGAUGGACCUGGUUCUGCUUCAGCAGAGGUUUUUCAGUAUGAUUCAUGCUUGAAUAGGUGGAGCAAAUUAACCACAAUGAAUGUGGCACGCUAUGAUUUUGCGUGUGCUGAGGUGAAUGGGAAGGUGUAUGCAGUUGGAGGCUACAGUGUGGAUGGAGAAUCCCUUUGUUGUGCUGAGAUGUAUGACCCAGACACUGAAAAAUGGAUGAUGAUCGAGUCUCUUCGUCGCCCAAGGUGGGGCUGUUUUGCCUACGGCUUCAAUGGGAAGCUUUACGUCAUGGGCGGUCGUUCAAGCUUCACUAUAGGGAACUCCAGGUUCGUUGACGUGUACAAUCCGGAGAGGCACACAUGGUGUAGUGAGUUGAAAAACGGUUGUGUCAUGGUCACUGCUCAUGCUGUGCUGGGUAAGAAGCUGUUUUGCAUUGAGUGGAAGAACCAGCGUAAGCUAGCCAUAUUCAACCCGGGUGACAACUCAUGGAGGAUGGUCACCGUCCCCGUGACCGGGAGUUCAAACGUUGGGUUUCGAUUUGGAGUUUUGGACGAGAAGCUUUUGCUGUUUUCUGGCUUGCAGGAGGAUGAUGGUUCUGCCACUACACUUUUAUAUGAUCCGAAUGCAGCUCCGGGUUCAGAGUGGAAGACCUGUGAAAUAAAGCCGUCAGGUACUUGUUUGUGUAGUGUCACUAUCAAAGCUUAGGAUGCCUUUUUUUCUCUCCGGACUACCUAUUAUUUUCAAUUUGUCGAAGGUUGAAUCCCCACCCCCAACCCCAAGGUCCCCCACGCCUCGACAACGCAUGGGAGUUUGUAAAUCACGUUGACUCAACCAAUCCUAACGGUGGUAGACCUUAUACCCGUGCGCACCAGAGGCACAACUUAACACAUAGGAUCAAUGAAUGUACUGAAGUUGAGCUACCCGUAUACAGGUUUUGAUCCUUUGUUCAACUUUUCCACCGCUUUACUAGUUGAGCUACCCGUAUGGGUAACCUAUUAUUAUUUUCAAUGAAUGUACUGAAGUUGGAUUGCUACAUAUAUUUUGGCGUUUGUUUUGCUUCCAUGAAUUAGUUGGUUUUGGCUACUUUUGGGGGCGUUUCUUACAUGAGGCGUUUCCAUUUACC